AUGGAGCAGCAGCAACAACACCGACCGCAGUCCUACGUUUCACACAACCCGGCCGAACUCACCUUCCCAUCCGUACCGAAAACAGACGUCAACCACGCGCAUGCGACAGCAGAAAUAACACUACCCGGCCUCAAAACCGUACUCUCGUCCGACUUCCACAACGACUCCCUUCCCUCCGGUUUCCGCUCGUCGAACGGCGGCCAUGAGUCUCCGAGAUCAGUGAGGAGUAUACCGCGCAUUGAUCCCGGGCCUCAGGAUAUCAAUGGCGGUCGCAGGAGUUUUGAGGCGGCUAUCGCGAGUCCGUCGGAGGUGGGGAGUGCGAUGAGCAUUGAUGAGCCGUCGGUGAGGUCGCCGAGUGUGUCGAUUGAUGAUCCGAAUGUGCGCAUGGCUGCUGAGGCGCUUUCUGGGCUGGGGAAUCCAGAAUCAAAGCAGAGUAGCAUUGCGACUUCGAGCAAAGAGCAGGAACCGCUCUUUCAAAUGUUCGCCAAGGCACAUCCGUGGGUUGGAGGCACAAUCAAUGGAUCGUUGAGCGCAUACUCUACAACCAAGAACUACUCGCCUCGCUUCGUACAGUCCGGCGUCAAGAUUAUUGAGAGCAGGAUUGCCAUGCCGGUUGUCAGUACCGUGGGAACAGUGGGAAAGGUGACCGGUGUGGAAAGUGGUAUAAGAUGGUAUUACGGAGGUGUUGCACGGCGGCCGAGCGAUGUUGAGAGAGAUGCAGACGACCCACGCAGCAAGAGGAGGAGGGUCACGGAUGAGAACAUGGACGAUGCUGAACAGCUGCCCGCAUAUGGUGCGAGCAAGCCACCAUCCUAUCGCUCAGAGGUGAGUCCGAUGGGCUCAGAGAGGCAAGCGCAAAGCGAUCGAUCGGGACAGAGUCAAAGCCUGUCUUCGCAGGUCUUCGUCAUGACUUCAGCUUUAGGUGUCGCUCUGAGCGAGGCUUCACGGCGAAGUCUCAGAACAUGUCUCCUAUUCCUCGCUGGGCAAACGGAGCGCAUCACAAUGGCCCUAAACGCUCUCAAGCUCGUCCUAGGCCACUACGAUCAAACGCGCGAAGCAUGGCACCAAAACCAGGACGGAGUACUGGAGAAAGGCGAACGCCCCAAAACACCCGACGGCGACGAAGCCGCGCGCAGACUCGCCGACAUGAUCCAGCAGCACUGCGACGACAUCUGGCGCACAUUACAACACGUCGUCUCGUCCGUCUCGAACUACGCAGGCGGUGCGCUACCGGAGAACGCGCGCACGUUCAUCCGCACGCAAUUGAUGUCCCUCCCGCAGCGCUGGCGCGUGGCUUCAGAGACGCAGACCGGUGAGAGCGAGACGAGCAGGAAAGCGCAUCGCAUGGUUGCUUUCGCCACCGAGGGACUCGACAUGAUGACCCAAGUCAGUGAGACGAUAGGUCUUACGCUGGAUUCCGCUGAGCAAUGGCUGGCGACGGUGGGCAGACGUCGGGAUACGAGUACCCGUUCGCCGAAUGGUCAUGAUAGUAAGGAUCGAGAGAUGGCGAAUGCGCCGCCAGUGAGGGAUGUUGAGAAGCAAUGA